CUCUCCUUUGAAAUUACGGAUUUGCACCGUCAGACGUGUACAGCAAGCUGGGACCGCUCUAUCCUGGAUAUCUAUCUGAAGGAUCAUUUGAAAUUCUUUCACCGGUGUGCUUUUUAUGCGUCUAUAAACCAGCUUUGAUUGUAAUUAUUAUUUUACUGUUUUAUCUCUACAUACGCUACCGUAUAUAAAGAUAUCUUGUACAUUACAGCAAGAUGUGAAAGUGCAGCGCAGGAUGAGUCGACAGGCACUGCAUUAACUCUGAUAAUUAACAUAUCAGAUAUAUAUAUAUUUUAUAUAUAUAUAUAUAUAUAUAUAUAUGUAUAUAUUUUCAAGGCCAAUUUGGAGAACUUUUUUAACGCAAGAAGCGGAGUAGAUGGGGGAUUGGAAUACACAACCGUUGUUUCAAAUUCAGGUAGCUAUGACACGGGAACACCCUGGGGAGGCCCCAUGAGGAUUCAUAGAAGAUGCUCGCAGCCUGGGCUCCUCUGCUGUUUUUAGCGAUGUGGGUGAGAAGCAUCGCUGGCGACCGACACUCCCUGAGAAUCGCUGCGAUCCUGGAUGACCCGAUGGAGUGCAGCCGAGGAGAACGACUGGCCAUCACCCUAGCCAAGGAGGCCAUCAACCGGGCCACUGACCGCUCUGUGACUGCCAAGCUGGAGGUGGACAUCUUCGAACUGCUGAGGGACAGCGAGUACGAGACCGGAGAGACCAUGUGCCAGAUUUUGUCCAAAGGGGUUGUUGCCGUUCUUGGUCCAUCUGCAAGUCCAGCUUCCAAUUCCAUCAUCAGCAAUAUCUGUGGAGAGAAAGAGGUUCCGUAUCUCAAGGUUGCUCCUGAUGACAUUCUGAAGGUCCAGUUCCAGAGGUUCACCACUCUGAACAUGAGACCCACCAACACAGACAUCAGCAUGGCUGUCACUGGGCUCCUCAAAUUCUUCAACAGCACCACUUCCUGCCUCAUCUGCGCCAAAGCUGAGUGCCUACUCAACCUGGAACGAUUGCUCCGUCAGUUCCUGAUCUCGAAAGACACGCUGUCAGUGCGCAUGCUGGACGACAGCCAGGACCCCACGCCGCUGCUCAAGGAGAUCCGCGAUGACAAGACCGCCACCAUCAUCGUGGAUGCCAACGCAACCAUAUCCCACAUCAUCCUGGAGAGGGCUUCGGAGCUGGGGAUGCUCUCCUUCUAUUACACCUACAUCUUCACCUCUCUGGAGUUUCCUCUCCUCCAGUUGGAAGAUCUGGCUGACGAGCGGGUGAACAUUGUGGGGUUCUCUGUCUUCAACUGGACACACCCCUUCUUCCAGGACUUCGUUCUGAGCCUGAAUCGAUCCUGGCAGGAGAACUGUGACCACGCCCCCUUCGCUGGCCCGCCGCUUUCCUCGGCUCUGCUGUACGAUGCAGUCUACGCUGUGGUGACCGCGGCACACCAGCUCAACAAGAGCCAGGAGAUUGGAGUCAAGCAGCUCUCUUGCAAGUCAUCCCAGAUCUGGCAGCACGGGACCAGCCUAAUGAACUACCUGAGGAUGGUAGAAUUGGAAGGUCUAACCGGCCACAUCGAAUUCAACAGCAAAGGCCAAAGGUCAAACUACGCCCUGCAGAUAAUGCAGAACACGAGAGAAGGGCUAAGGCAGAUCGGACAGUGGCAUUCAGAAGAGGGUCUGACCAUGGAGAAGAAGCUGCACACCCUCAACGUCUCGGACACCUUGUUCAACACCACCCUCAUCAUCACCACCAUUCUAGAGAACCCGUACGUGAUGCUGAGGCCCAAGCACCAGGAGCUGGAGGGAAACGAGAGGUACGAGGGCUUCUGCGUAGACAUGCUGAAGGAGCUGGCAGACAUCCUCAAGUUCAACUACAAGAUCCAGCUGGUGGGGGACGGGGUGUACGGUGUGUCAGAGGCCAACGGAAGCUGGACCGGCAUGGUGGGGGAGCUCAUCUCACGGAAAGCAGACCUGGCUGUGGCAGGCCUGACAAUCACCGCUGAGAGGGAGAAGGUGAUCGACUUCUCCAAGCCCUUCAUGACUCUGGGGAUCAGCAUCAUGUACAGAAUGCACUUGAGCCGCAGGCCGGGCUACUUCUCCUUCCUGGACCCUUUCUCUCCGGGGGUCUGGCUCUUCAUGUUGCUGGCCUAUCUGGCUGUGAGCUGCGUUCUCUUCCUAGUAGCCAGACUGACCCCCUACGAGUGGUACAAUCCCCACCCCUGCCUGAAGGGGCGCUGUAACCUGCUCAUUAACCAGUACUCCCUGGGGAACAGCCUGUGGUUUCCAGUGGGGGGGUUCAUGCAGCAGGGCUCCACCAUCGCCCCUCGAGCCAUCUCCACGCGCUGCGUCAGCGGGGUCUGGUGGGCCUUCACCCUGAUCAUCAUCUCCUCGUACACGGCUAACCUGGCCGCCUUCCUGACGGUGCAGCGGAUGGAGGUGCCCAUCGAGUCUGUGGACGACCUGGCCGAUCAGACUGCCAUCGCGUACGGCACCAUGCACGGGGGCUCCACCAUGACCUUCUUCCAGAACUCCAGGUACCAGACGUACCAGCGCAUGUGGAACUUCAUGCACUCAAAGCAGCCCAGCGUGUUUGUGAAGAGCACGGAGGAGGGCAUCGCCCGGGUCCUCAACUCCAACUAUGCCUACCUGCUGGAGAGCACCAUGAACGAGUACUACAGGCAGCGCAACUGCAACCUCACCCAGAUCGGAGGGCUGCUCGACACCAAGGGCUAUGGCAUCGGCAUGCCCCCAGGCUCGGUCUAUCGUGACGAGUUUGACCUCGCUAUUCUCAAACUCCAAGAGGAGAACCGCCUGGAUAUUCUCAAGAGGAAGUGGUGGGAGGGGGGCAGGUGUCCCAAAGAGGAAGACCACCGAGCCAAAGGGCUGGGAAUGGAGAAUAUUGGUGGUAUUUUCGUGGUGCUGGUGUGCGGGCUGCUGGUGGCUAUCUUCAUGGCUGUGCUGGAGUUCUUCUGGAUGAUGAGAAAGACGCCAGGGACGGAGCUGUCGGUGUGCGAGGAGAUGUUUCGGGAACUACGCGGGAUCAUCCUGUGCCGGGACAGUUUGCAGAUAAGGCGGCGACGAGGGGGCGGGGCCAUGAUGUCCAGGCCCCUCCCCCUGGAGGAGAGGCGCGCCAGGGCAGCGGCGGCGGCCAGCCUCAGCAACGGCAAGCUGUGCGGGGGGAGCAUGCCCGAGCCGCUGGCACACAGACUGGCGCAGGAGGCCUCCCUGGUGGCGCAGGGCUGCACUCACAUCCGUGUGUGUCCUGAGUGCCGCCGAUUCCAGGGGCUUCGCGCCCGGCCAGCAGGGGGCAGCUCCUCUCCCAUACACAGCGAGGAGAGCAUAGGGUGGGAGAAAACAACCAACAGCAGCGAGCCGGAAUAGAACCCAAACUCCCUUCCUCCCUGCCUGCCUGCCUGCCUGCCUGUCAGCAUCAGGGAUAGUGGAGUGAGGACUAAAGCUAAAAAAAAGAACAAAGCAAAAAUGCCUUGCAGCAGCAGCUCGAUAGAAGUGGAACUACUAGUAGCACAGACUGAGAGAAUCACAGUUUUAAAAGGCACAAAGCUAGCUAGAUGACCCUGCCAUCAUUACAAAGGACCUCCUUAAGUCCAGUGCUGCUGCUCCUCCAUUUGCUGCGAGAUGAGAAUGAGUUAACUACCCCACCUGCUGGGGGAAUGUGGAGGUGACCGGCUAUGACUAAGCUUGAGAAAAUGCUCGGGAUAAUCUGCCCUGUGUUGUAACCUGACCGACAGGACUGCCUGCUGUCAGAAGGAUCCUAAUUGGGAUGCUCAGAUUCUGAAUCUGCCAAUAAACAGGACAAAGCUUCUUUGGCAGUGCUGAAAUACAUCCUUAUGAUGAGUCCCCUGGAUAUACUGAAUAAUCAUGCAUUUUUCAGCUAAAUAAGACAGCUACUAUGCAUAACUGAAAUAGGGGCUUUUUUUUCCGACAUAUUUUUUUAAGAGAUCUAAGGAUUUUUUCAAAGCUUGAAAAAAAAACAACAACAUUAUAAUAACAAAUGAAUACUUGCAUAAAUUAAAUAAAGUGCCAAAAAUUCUGAAACUCUGCUCGGAGAGGCGUUUGUAUAGAAGGACAGCGGAGACGGCCCUUCGGCGUUUGAGUGGUUUUUUUUGCAAACUUCUGGCCUUGCGAUGAAACCGAGGAACAGGGAAAAUAGGACGAUACAGCAUUUGUUUGUGUUUAAAAAAAAAAAAAAAAUCAAAAAAGUUUCAGAGGAAAUAGUUUUUUGAAAGACAACAAUGAAAUGGGGUCAGGUUUAGCAUUGCUUUGUUGCCUUCAGAGUUUCGAUAGGAUUUCAGGAAUUUCUACAGGUUAGGAGUGGCUAUUUGAUUAGGUGCUGCAUUAUUCUGGACCUUAUUAUUCACAUUGCCUUAGAACGUGUUUCCUAAAACAGUCUUUAAUGUUGUAUUAAUAGCACCCUUCAUUAACUCAUCCGUGCCCUUCUACACUGAUAGCGCAUCCUCAGUACUUUGUGCAGUCCUGUCCUCUGCAGCCCUCAUCUUCCCUAAUCAGUCACCAGUCACUUCCAGCCAUGCAUAUAAGGGUCAGUAGCUGUCUUCUGAUGCAUUGCAUAAAAACGUGUGGCACACUGGGUUGGGUUCAGUUGUCGUUUUACAGUUGGCACAGAUGAUCACAAGACGCAUAUUGAAUCAGGAUGUGCCUGCUUUAUUUCCUUGAUAGCUCUCCUGAAGGGGUCUGGCCUUGUAAACAUUGUGCUGUACUGCUUUCAAUAUAUAGUUUAUGUGUUACUGUGGGGAGUGGGUACAGCCUUCUUUGCAUCAAUGGUCCAAAAGCAGGAGUCUUUUAAAACAUGCCUCUUGUUUGAUGGAGACAGGGUUACAAUGUAGUCUUGUAUAGUUUGCCACACACAGUUUUUGCUUGCCCUGACUCUGUACAAAGGGGGUAACCCCUGAAAUGAUUUAAAUAUUUCCCGGUGCCAUUAUUGUACACAGAACUCUCAGCUCUGUCAGCUCUUUCCUGAGCUCUAUAUCUUUAAAGUGCCAGUCUUGGGUUUUGUCCUGCAUUAGGGAUAAUUCAAAGAUGUGCUGUUUUGAGUAAGUAGCAUGCUUUGGAACUAUUGCAUUGAUUGAUUGAUAGAUUUCUGUUAAGCGGAUACAAGAACUAUCUGGAUUUAGACUUCUGUUUUUCAAGGCAGGCCUGUCCCUAAAAAUAUAGAAACAAGUGUGACACGUGUACCACAAAAAACAGCAAGAUCAGUGACGAUGACAUCAUAAUGACUCAUUCUGUCACGAUAUAUAUCCUGGUCACGUCCACCCCCCAAAGCCCAGUCCAGGUUUUAAUGCAGAGAGCAGGAAGCUGGCUGAGUGCUCAGAGUCCUGUUGUGUAAUUGUAUGAGUGUGAUUUGUAUUAUUUUAUUAUAACAUUGUGGAGAUAGUCUGAUAUCCAUUUCCAAAAAUAAAACCACAUGAGAUUCCGACGCAGGUAAGGAAAUACGUUGUACAAGUACACUUUUUUGACAAGCAGAACACUGGGAAGAACCUAAACGAAUGCCCACUGUCUUCCUCACAGCCAGCAAAUCUAGCUUCUUAAUCUCAUCAGAAAAGGAUCUCACCCGUUCACAUGGGUAAUUAAUAGCACUACUAUAACAUUACCUCAUCUCAACAGCAGGGGUCAGCAUUACCCCCUUCACCUGCCAUGGCAAAACCUUGCCCAAUUUCUUUCUUAAAGGGGACCAAAUGGUCCGUGGUUCUGGGUAUAUGCUGUACAUCUCAGAAUGUUAAUUGAACACCCAGCAAAAAUCGAUUGCUUUUCCUUUUAAACCAAGCGAUGUGAACUUCACACUGGAACACAGGUUUUGUAAGUCUAUCUGUGCGUGAGCACAGGGCGUUGCUUGCCUGACAAGUCAACAACACUUGCUAAGCUUUAAGAGAGUGCCAGUGUUGAAUAACUGUGUCGGAUUCAGCGAUACAGAGUGACAUCAUUUUGAAAUUCUAAUUGCCGUCAUUCAAACAGAAUUUAUGUACAAAUCUGCUGUUCCAGAUUAAACUGCUUGAUUUAAGGGAGGCUUAUUUUAGGUUUGCCAUACAUUAUACUUGUUAAGUAAACCAAAUACUCCAUAAAGGUGCAUGGAGUGCUGUGAGGAUAGUUGUAAACAUCAUUUCAUGGGGCUUGCUGGUUAUACAGCCAGCCUCAUUCAUUAAACAGUGGUAGGUAGACAGUAACAGGACUUCUGCUUCUGCGGGUUACUGAAAUAAUCCACCUACUGUGGCGAACAUUAAUGGUGCAUAAGAUGUAUUUCUUUGUGAAGGAGGCUGCAACCAAACAACUGUGUGAAUACUGUAGGACUGUGGGCUGGGAGGCUCAGGGUCUGUUAUAGUCAGGUCAGCUUGGUUAAUUGAAGUGCAGUCUACACUGAUCUGCCACUGUAGUAGAACCCAGCUGAGCCAGAGUGGUCCACAACAUAGUCAGGCCAAACAAGGUGCUCUGUGGGGAGGGGAUAGUGCCAAUUAUCACUGGUCCACUUGACGCUGGUUGCGCUGAAUUGGGUUUACCUGCAGUGUGAUAAGAAAGCAGCAGAGUCCAUAAUCUGAUGGUGAUGUGGGUGUCCAAGUGGGCAUACUCGUAGCAUGUGCCUGCACAUGGUUUAGCCCUGGGAACACAGCGCCACUUUGUGCUUUGGAACUUGGUUUCAGGACACUGAGUUGCAGGUCACUGCACGGCAGGCACACCAGGGAAGACUUGAGGAGACUUGUGGCACCAUUUCAGCCAAGCUUGAUGCAGCAAAGUUGCCUCAAACUAGAUCUCCCAGUCUCCUGGAGCCAGGUUUCAAGCCACUGUUCCUGAAGAAGUGGCUUCGUGUUCCCAGGGCUUUAGGUUCUGCUGGAGGGGAGACCCCUAGGUUUCCAUUGGGGGCUAUGAGCUGGUAUUAUAAUGGGGUUUCUAUGGCAAUUGUUCAGAAUUUUGUGUCCAGGAGGGUGGCUGGUCAUCUCUUGCUCCCCCUACGCACUUAAUGUACGCAAGAGGCAUGAUUGUCAAAAGGGGCAAAAAAAGAACUGGGUUGCCAAGUGUUAAAUUUGAUCAAAUGAAACCCCGCCAGAGGAUGAGUCUCAGAGCCUAUACCGCACUGAGAAAUCCCCUGGAUUGCAUUCACCACCGGGGUUACCCCUGAAAACCAGCGAUUGAUGCACCCCCAAGAUGAUUCCCCAGUGUUUUAUAAAACCCAACAUAGACCACUGACCGUGGAGUGCUGAUAGGCACCCCUUUUACAAUCCCUGCAAAGCAAUUUAAUGACCAAUCUCAAGGUUUAAAAACUGUUUUGCUACCCAGCUCUGACCCCAUGUGAUAAUACAGCUCUUUUAUUUUUCACAUGCAGUCUCAGAAAGAGGGAGGGAGGGGUUGCUAUUUGGUUUCCCGAUGAUUCUAUGCAAUUUCGUGUUGUAAAAUUAACAAAUAAAUCAAAUAGAAAAACUAAACUGAACAAAUAAAAAAAAAACGAUUUAUGGAGCGUGGCACGCGAGUGUAGAUUUGCAGAUGAAAUUCUCUGGCUGUGAUUCCUGUGCUUUGUUUUCAGACCAUUUCUGUUGAAUGUAAUAAACAAAACCCCUUUCCAUUGUUUGUCUUUCAAAGGAAUAAAAUAGAAGAUGAUUUGCUUCGUUUGUUUUAUUACUCGCUGUUUGUCUUCCUGGUGUCAUUCAUUUCUUGGUUUGUGUGCAGAGGAACUGGACUAUAUAAACAUGCAAUGGGGACUGGAAACUGAUGUAACAGGGUGACGGCUGGACAGAAACCAGGGGACCCCGCGGACCGCAAGUGCAAAAGAGUUGGGCAAGUCUGCAUUUGGGUUAUAGAGCUUUUAACCUGAUCUUAUCUCACCGACAGGGGGCAGAAUCCGCAAUGGCAGUGCAUCACACAACACCGCCCAUUACACUGGGUAUGAUACUAACAAAUCGAGAAUAAAAUACAGACCUUAUGGACCG